AUGAUUGUCAACCAGAAAUGUGAUUCGACGAAUGAUGAGACUAACAAGCUGAAUUAUCUGUUUGAAAGUAGUUCUUUGUUGCCGUCAGAUCUGAUCAAUUAUCCUAACCAAAUCGGUGGUCAUGGGCUUCUGUUUGGAAAUAAAUGUAAAAUAUUAUAUUCACAUGUUCAGUCAACUAUAUAUAAACCAAUACAACAUUAUCCUAAAGGUCCACAUGAAUUAGAAUUUUAUCAACGUUUAUUCGAUCCAAAUUGUCAUGAUUCCAUUUUAGUUGAGUUACGAAAAUUUGUACCCGAUUUUUAUGGCCUCUAUCGUGAUUCUGAACAAAAACAUUUAUACUUGGGUUUAAAAGAUUUAUUGGCUAAUUUUAAACAUCCAUCAUUAUGUGAUUUAAAAAUGGGUCGUCGUACAUAUGCUCCUGAUUCUUCACCAUCAAAAAUAAUGAUUGAAUGUGCAAAGUAUAAAUGGCGUGAAGAAAUUGGAUUUCUGGUGACUGGAUUAAAAGUAUUCUAUCCAGAUAUUAAUGAACAUAUUACAUUUGAUAUUUUCUUUGGAAGAUCAUUAAAUCCAUCUACAAUAUAUGAUAAUGGUAUUCGUCUAUUUCUUGGUCCAAAUGUAAAUCGUGCAAAAAGAUUAGCUAAACAAUUUGUUAAAAAAUUAACCCAAUUAGCUAAAUGGUUUGAAAAUCAAAAUUAUUAUCAUUUCUAUGCUAGUUCAUUAUUAUUAGCAUAUGAUAGUAUUGUUUUAAAUAAUAAAAUGAUGAUAUCUUCACAUCCUACUACUACUACUACUUCUACUACUACCACCCCUUCAUUACAUCAUCAUCAUCAUAAUAGUAGUUACCAAGAGGAUAAAGAAAUCAUGAUAUCCAAUAUGGAACAAAAUGAAACAAUGUUAUCUCCGUAUGCCACCCCGUCACAUCAUUCUCAUCAUAAUAGUUACCAAGAACAUAAAGAAAUCAUGACAUCCAAUAUGGAAGACAGUGUAACAGUAGAAGAAGAAGAAUAUGUUUUAGUUUAUUUAAUUGAUUUUACACGUUGGGAAUUAGUAACCAAUUGUGAUCAAAUCAAAGAUGAAAAUUUUUUAUAUGGUUUAAAUUAUUUAAUUGAAUUAUUUAAACGUGCAUCAUUAGAUUCUACACCAUUGGAUAAAAUUCCUAAUCUAUCUAUAACUUAA